CAACUUUGCGAAGGUAAUCGUUUGGAAAUUUAUCCAGUUGCCACUCCUCUCUGAACUCCCGCACAAACAAAACGCAUUUCUCCUCAACUCAAACCCCUCAAACCCCCCAAACCCUAAUUUUCAAUUUCUUCAUUUGUUUUCCCUGCAAACUGCUAAAGAUCACCCCUAAUUUGACAUCAACAUCAAGACGACGCAUACUAUAUUUGGAAAUUUUAGGAGAGAGAAGAAAUGUGGAGGCGGGUAUGGAGCAGCAGCAAUGGAGGAGGAGGAGAAAUUGGGGGAGGAGCAGGAGCGAUGAUGAUGCAAUGUGUGAGAUUUAUGUCGAAGAAACGAGCUGAGAAUUUAAGGAAGAUAAACCCUAAAGUUCCCUAUGGUGAGGCUACUUCCAUUGCUCAAAAUCUCUUCAAUUUGAUCCAGCAUCGUGGCCCUGUCACCAUUGGCAGUGCUUGGACUAACGCACAGGAAGCUGGCAUAAGUGGAAUAAACAGCAAAACACACAUGAAGAUAUUGCUGAAAUGGAUGAGAGGUAAAAGGAUGCUAAAGCAAGUUUGCCAGCAGGUCGGUUCAAACAAGAAGUUUCUGCUGUGCACGCCUCAAGAUUCUGAAGCUGUGCAGGCAGCGGGGACUCCUAGAGUGAAGCUGCGAACUGAAAAAUCUGCAAAAUCAAGAAAAAAACACAAGUGAUAUGCCCUGUCAAAGGAGUCAUUGCACUUUGCAGAAUAAUCUAGUCUAUUGAUUAGGUUUUCCCUUUGAUAAACCAGGUUUUGAUUGUUCAUCUCCUCUUUAGUCUAAAAUCAAGAUGAAUCUUGAUAAUGUAUCAGAAUGAAGGUUCUCUUCUUUCGCUUUCUGAACAUUCAACUUUAGAGUGGCAACUGCAAUUGAUGUUUCAGCAGGCUGUUCUGCAUCUCAGGGAUGUGAUUUCGUGAACA